AUGGGUUCGUGUAGUUCGAAUGUUCGUUAGAAGGUCUAAAAGAAUUCUGAAAUUAGGUAAUUCAGUUAGCUAGACAUUCGUCAUUUUUACAAAUUGGGAUAAGUUAUUGGUCGUGGGAAUUUUGCUACAGUUUAAAUUGGUUAUAAGAUAGAUUAGGAUAAGAAUGGAUUCAAAGGAAAGUGUUAUGCUAUAAAAUGUAUAGAUAAAUAAAGGAUAAGUGUUGAAUAGAUCUAAAGAGAGUUAGAGAUUUUAUCAAGACUAGAUCAUCCUAACAUAAUUAGAGUGUAUGAGGAGUAUGAAGAUUUAAAUCAUUUCUACUUUGUGAUGGAGUACUGUAAAGGUGGAGAACUCUUAUAAUAAAUCUUAAAUCAUGGACCAUUAAGUGAAAGAAUGACGUAAAUAAUUAUGAGAUAAUUAUUUUCUGCUGUGGGAUAUUUACAUGAAAGAGGAAUAAUUCAUAGAGAUUUAAAACCUGAAAAUUUGAUGUUAGCAAAUGCUGAUGGAGAAUUUGAUAUCAGAAUUAUUGACUUUGGAUUAAGUAAGCGCGAACAAAUUAUAAAAAAGCCAUAACAAUAGAGAUCCAAAUGCAGACAUUAAACAAAAGUUGGAACUCCUAUUUAUGUGGCUCCAGAAGUGUUAAAAGGAGUGUAUUCUGAGACAUGUGAUGAAUGGUCUUUAGGUUGCAUUAUGUAUGUUCUAUUAUUUGGAGAGCCUCCAUUUAGUGGAUAGAAUAUUCAUUAAUUGGAAUAAUAAAUAAACAAACCUAAUCUCAAGUUCAAAUUAAAUAUAUCAAAUGAAUGUUAGGAUUUAAUUACAAAAUUAUUAGAACCUAAUCCAAAUAAGAGAAUUACAUGUUUAUAAGCACUUAAACAUACAUGGAUGAUACGUGAUUCCAAUUAAUAUAGGAUGUUGACAACAAUGUAAAGUGAAGAAAAUAGUUUAGAAAUUGAGAGAAUAAUUGAAUUACUUAGAUAAUAUAGUGAGAGUACUUAAUUUAAGAAAGAAGCAUUGAAAAUUCUAUUAUCAUAAUUAACAGAUUUAUAAUAGAAACAUUUAAAAAUGAAAUUUGAAGAAUUGGAUAGGGAUAAUAGUGGAACUAUUUAAGAAAUUGAAUUUCAAGAAUUCUUAGAAUAAUAAGGCAAGACUUUAUUAUUAAAGUAAUUACCAAUAGAAAAAUUUAGUAAAAAUGAUUAAGGGUUUUAUAUUUCAUAUACAGAUUUUAUGGCUGCUUUACUGAAUCAACCAUUUUAUUUAAGUCAAGAUAGAUUGGAUAAUCUAUUUAUUUGGUAUGAUGUUAAACAUAGACAAUAUAUAUCAAAAAAUGAUUAUGGAAAUGCAAUGAGUAGAAGAGGAUUAGUAAUAAGUAAGGAGAAGAUUGAGGGGAUAUUUUAAGAAUUGAAUUUGGGAUUGAUUAGAUAUGAUCAAUUUAAAUAAGUCAUGACUUACAAUUCAAUUAAGUAGAGGAAUAGAAUUAUAAGUGAAAAUAAAUAAAAGAAUGGAUUAAAAUUUAUAAAGAUGAUUCCAUGUGUUGGUGAUGAUUGUAAAUUUUUAUGA